AGCCAAAAUUUUCAUUUUAUUCCUUUAAUUUUUCACUUAUUGUUGAAAAUAGAAAUACUGUUUUGUAGCGCUCCAAACAAAAUUUUCAUUUGUCCUAAUAGUAUUGUAAUUUUGUGAUUAGUCAAUAAUCAAAUGACAACUGAAGGUAUAGACAACGAUUCUUCUUGUUCCCGAAGCAAAAACAAACUUCAAGUCCUUUUGACAGAAGAUUACACGGAUUAUGAAUAAGUUUUCGUCGAUGUUAUAAAAUUCGACUUUUCUUUUACAUAUCAGGAUUUUCAAUAGAAUAAUAAAGUAAAAAAACAGUUAUCCCUUAGAUUCCGUGCGAUUUACUGGGUGUUAAAAAAAAUGCAUGCAUGUCGACAGUUAUUAUACAGCCCAGCACGGUGGAAAUCUGCUAUUCCAAUUAAUUUGAAACAGACGAUAUACUUCAACAGACCAGAUCAGUACAUCGUGAGAGAAUGUCGGCACUACUCGGCACGCAAGGGCUUCUUCUCAUCCAUCAUCGAGAACAUCAAGGACGAGAUGGCCAAGAACAAAGAGAUGAAGGACAACAUCAAGAAGUUCAGGGAAGAGGCACAGAAACUAGAGAACUCAGAAGCAUUACUGGCUGCCAGAAGGAAAUUCCAUGCGGUUGAAUCGGAAGCUUCCAAGAGUUCAGAAGUACUGAAGGAAACAUUUGAGGGAAUCAAGGGCAAGAUGGAGCAUGUCAUUGAAGAAGCUAGUAAAACUGAGAUCGCCAAGAAAGCUGGACAGAUAAAGGAAGAUUUAUCAAAGACAGCGAAAGGCGCCGCUGAAAGCAUAGCUGACACGGGUUCCAAACUGGGUCAGACAUCUGCUUUCAGAACUAUUUCACAUGCGACAGCAGUAGUGAAGGACGAGAUCUCGCCUCGAGGACUGGAGGGCCGCGUCUACAUGGCACCCAAUGCCCUACGGAAACGCAUUGAGGUUGCUUCUGACGAGCGCACGUUCGCUCCAGACACCGAGACUGUAGGCGUGGAGUUGCACAAGGACUCCAAGUUCUACCAGCAGUGGGAGAGCUUCAAGAAUAACAACCAAUAUUUCAACAAGGUACUAGAUUGGAAGAUAAAAUACGAAGAGUCCGACAACCCUGUAGUGAAAGCUUCACGAUUCGUCACCGAGAAGGUAGGCAGCUUGUUUGGCAAUAUUUUCGAGAAGACCGAACUGUCCAAAACCCUCACCGAAAUAUGCAAGAUCGACCCUAAUUUCACGUCUCAGAAGUUCUUAGAGGACUGUGCGAACGACAUCAUACCGAAUAUUCUCGAAGCAAUGGUACGAGGAGAUUUGGAAAUUCUCAAAGAUUGGUGCUACGAAGGCGUGUUCAACAUCCUGGCCACACCCAUCAAACAGUGCAAACAGCUCGGGUAUCACUUAGACUCUAAGAUCCUGGAUAUCGAACAGAUCGAACUCGUCAUGGGCAAAAUGAUGGACCAGGGUCCAGUUCUAGUCAUAACAUUCCAGUCACAGCAGAUCAUGUGCGUCAGAGACAGUAAGAACAAAGUGAUAGAGGGCGACCCCGACAAGGUGAUGCGCGUCAACUACGUGUGGGUGCUGUGUCGGGACCCCGCCGAGCUCAACCCCAAGGCGGCCUGGCGACUGCUGGAGCUGUCCGCCAGUAGCGUAGAACAAUUAAUAUAGGAGAAUUAAUGUAGACUUGAAUUAAAUCGUUGACUUUUA